UCGAUUUUUUCAGAAACUAAUUUUGACAGGCGACUGCCUGCAAUUUUAUUAAUAUAGAAGUAAAAACGUAUAAAUUACAAGUAAAAAACAAUAACAAAAAUUUAAAAAAAAUGAAAAUUUGGACGUCAGAACAUAUUUUUAAUCACCCUUGGGAAACAGUAGCCCAAGCGGCAUGGAGAAAGUACCCGAAUCCCAUGAAUCCAGCUGUUGUUGGGACUGAUGUUGUUGAACGUAAUGUUGUAAAUGGAGUCUUGCAUACGCACAGGAUAGUCAGUUCAAAAUGGUACUUUCCUAAAUGGGCACAAGCUUUGAUCGGCACUGCAAAUGUGUGCUAUGCAAGUGAAAAAUCAGAAGUCGAUCCAAAAUCCAGGCGCAUGGUACUAAAAACAAUAAAUUUAACCUUCUGUCGUUAUAUUUCUUUAGACGAAAGGUUAACAUACGCGCCACAUCCAACAGACCCCGACAGGACACUUCUGAAGCAAGAGGCGGUUGUGACGGUGCAAGGAGUCCCCCUCAGUCACUACAUGGAGGAUCUUUUAGCCAACAAAAUCUCCUUAAACGCCGGCAAAGGCAGACAGGCAAUGGAAUGGGUCAUAAACAAAAUCAAUUUGGAAGUUAAGGAAAUCGCCAACUCGGCUGUGAAAUCAACAGAUGAGAUCUUGUCUCAGACCAAAAAAUCAAUAGAUGACAUUUCGACAUCAGCAAGGAAGUCAAUGGAUGAUCUAUCGACUGCUGCUAAAAAUACCCUGGAUGAUAUACAGAAUUUGGCCAAGAGCAGCGGGACGAAGCAGAAUAUACCGAAAUUUUAGCAAGAUUUUAAACUUGAAUUUUAGAUGAAUUGUUUUAUAUUUACAAUAUAAGAAUUUGAAAGACAAAUUAUGUAUGUAUAUUUUAUACCGAUCACAUCAGAAAUAUAUAGUAUUUU